AUGGAGGACAGAUACUACCCAGUGAUCUUCCCAGAUGAGCGGAAUUUCCGCCCCUUUACUUCCGACUCUCUGGCCGCGAUAGAGAAGCGGAUCGCCAUCCACAAGGAGAAGAAGAAGUCCAAAGACAAGGCAGCCACUGAGCCCCAGCCUCGGCCUCAGCUUGACCUAAAGGCCUCCAGGAAGUUACCUAAGCUUUAUGGUGACAUUCCCCGCGGGCUGAUAGCAAAGCCCCUGGAAGACCUGGACCCAUUCUACAGAGACCAUAAGACGUUCAUGGUGCUGAACAAGAAGAGAACAAUCUAUCGCUUCAGUGCCAAGCGGGCCUUGUUCAUCCUGGGGCCUUUCCAUCCCAUCAGAAGUUUAAUGAUUCGGAUCUCGGUCCAUUCGCUCUUUAGCAUGUUCAUCAUCUGCACAGUGAUCACCAACUGUAUAUUCAUGGCUUGUUUUGUGGAAAGAAGACAAGUCUCUGAUGUUUCUGAAUAUAUCUUCACUGGAAUUUAUAUUUUAGAAGCUAUAAUUAAAAUCUUGGCAAGAGGCUUCAUCCUGGAUGAGUUUUCCUUCCUCCGAGAUCCGUGGAACUGGCUGGACUUCAUUGUCAUCGGAACAGCGAUCGCAACUUUUUUUCCAGGUGCCAAAGUCAACCUUUCUGCUCUUCGUACCUUCCGAGUGUUCAGAGCUCUGAAAGCAAUUUCUGUUGUCUCAGGUCUGAAGGUCAUUGUUGGGGCUCUGCUGCGCUCUGUGAAGAAGCUGGUGGAUGUGAUGGUCCUCACUCUCUUUUGCCUCAGCAUCUUUGCCCUGGUUGGCCAGCAGCUCUUCAUGGGAACUCUGAACCAGAAAUGUGUUAAGCAAAACUGUGGCCCUAACCCUACAUCCAACACGGAUUGCUUUGUAAAGGAAAAGGAAAGUGAAGACUUCAUAAUGUGUGGCACCUGGCUCGGCAGGAGCUCCUGCCCCAAUGGUUCUACAUGCAAUAGAACCACAUUUAACCCAGACUAUAAUUACACCAAGUUUGACAACUUUGCCUGGUCUUUUCUCGCCAUGUUCCGAGUUAUGACUCAAGACUCCUGGGAGAAGCUGUAUCGACAGAUCCUCCGGACCUCUGGGACCUACUUUGUCUUCUUCUUCGUGGUGGUCAUCUUCCUGGGCUCUUUCUACCUGCUUAACCUAACCCUGGCCGUCGUCACCAUGGCUUAUGAAGAGCAGAACAGGAAUGUAGCUGCAGAGACAGAGGCCAAGGAAAAGAUGUUUCUGGAAGCCCAACAGCUGUUAAGGGAGGAGAAGGAGGCUCUGGUUGCCAUGGGAAUCCACAGAAAUUCCCUUAAUUCCCUUCAAGCAUCGGCCUUUUCCCCGAAGAAGAGAAAGUUCUUUGGAAGUAAGACAAGAAAAUCCUUCUUUACCAGAGGGUCUAAAAAGGACCCAGCGUCAGUAUCAGACUCAGAUGAUGAGUCCUCGAGAAACCCACAACUCCUCGAGCAAACGAAACGACUGUCCCAGAACCUGCCAGUGGACCUCUUCAGUGAGAACAUGGAUUCCUUCCACAGGCAGAGAGCUCUGAGCGCAGUCAGCAUCCUGACCAUCACCAUGCAGGAACAAGAAAAGAGCCAGGAACCUUGUUUCCCAUGUGGGAAACAGUUGGCAUCCAAGUACCUGGUGUGGGACUGCAGCCCCCAGUGGCUGUGCAUUAAGAAGGUCCUGCGGACUGUGAUGACAGACCCCUUUACUGAGCUGGCCAUCACCAUCUGCAUCAUAGUUAACACGGUCUUCCUGGCCAUGGAACACCACAACAUGGAUGAUGUUUUUAUAACCCUACUGAAAAUAGGAAACUGGGUCUUCACUGGGAUUUUUGUGGCAGAAAUGUGUCUGAAGAUCAUAGCGCUGGAUCCUUACCACUACUUUCAGCAUGGCUGGAACAUAUUUGACAGCCUUGUUGCUCUUCUGAGUCUCGCUGAUGUGCUUUACAACAACCUGUUCGAUAAGAGCAAUCGCUCCUUCUUGGCUUCCUUCAGAGUGCUGAGGGUCUUCAAGCUAGCCAAAUCCUGGCCCACUUUAAACACUCUCAUUAAGAUCAUCGGCCACUCGGUGGGAGCGCUUGGAAACCUGACGGUGGUCCUGACCAUCGUGGUCUUCAUUUUCUCCGUGGUCGGCAUACAGCUUUUUGGUAAUAAGUUCAACCAGACUGUCCACAUUACGCAGGCGACGCAGUGCAGGCGGCGCUGGCACAUGGGCGAUUUUUAUCACUCCUUCCUGGUGGUGUUCCGCAUCCUCUGUGGGGAAUGGAUUGAGAACAUGUGGGAGUGCAUGCAGGAGAUGAACGACUCCCCACUGUGCAUCAUUGUGUUCGUGUUGAUCAUGGUGAUAGGAAAACUCGUGGUGCUUAACCUCUUCAUUGCCUUGCUGCUCAAUUCCUUCAGCAAUGAGGAGAAAGACGGGAGCCAAGAAGGAGGCACCAGGAAAACCAAAGUGCAGCAGGCCCUGGAUCGCUUCCACCGGGCCUUUUCCCUCUUGCUUCGCGCUCUUCGGAAUUUUUGUUGCAAGAAACGCGGGAGGCACAACCCCCCGAAGCCGAAAGGGACCAUGGGAAGCUUUGCUGGUGAAAGCAAAGACAUGAUUCUUCUGGACGCGCGACCCUGGAAGGAGUUUGACGCGCAAACGACCUUGGACACCGGGCAGGCCUGGGCUCCGAUGGCCCCACUUGCAGAGGAAGAAGAUGACACCGAGUGGUGUGAGCUCACUACCCAGCCCGUCUCACAGCUUAGCACUGGGGUUCAGACCUGUGAUCUCCCUCUGGAAACCAAGCAGCCCCCCAGCCCAGAUGGCCAAUGUGUGGAAAUUGAAGUGUUUUCUGAAGAAGACCCGAACUUAACCAUUCAGAGUGCUCGAAAGAAGUCUGAUGCUGUAAGCGUGCUCUCAGAAUGCAGCACGAUUGACCUGAACGAUAUCUUUAGAAAUUUACAGAAGACUGUUCCUCACAAGAAGCAACCAGAUAGAUGCUUGCCCAAAAGCCUCACUUGUCACUUCCUAUGCUACAAAACACACAAGAGGAAGUCCCCCUGGGUCGUGUGGUGGAACCUUCGGAAAACAUGCUACCAAAUCGUGAAGCACAGCUGGUUUGAGAGCUUUAUAAUCUUUGUCAUCCUGCUGAGCAGCGGAGCACUGAUAUUUGAAGAUGUCAAUCUCUCCAAGCGGUGCCAAGUUGAGCGAUUACUAAGGUGUACUGAUAAAAUCUUCACGUUCAUUUUCAUCCUGGAGAUGAUUCUCAAGUGGGUGGCCUUUGGGUUCCGGAAGUAUUUCACCAGUGUCUGGUGCUGGCUCGAUUUCCUCAUUGUGAUUGUGUCUGUAGUCAGCCUCAUGAACUUACCAAGCUUGAAUUCCUUCCGGACGCUGCGAGCACUGAGGCCUCUGCGGGCGCUCUCUAAGUUUGAAGGAAUGAAGGUGGUUGUCAAUGCCCUCAUCAGUGCCAUACCUGCCAUCCUCAACGUCUUGCUGGUCUGCCUCAUUUUCUGGCUCAUAUUUUGUAUCCUGGGAGUAAGUUUUUUCUCUGGGAGGUUUGGAAGAUGCAUUAAUGGGACAGACAUAAAUAAAUACAUCGAUCGCAGUGAAAUUUCAAACCAAAGGCAAUGUGAAGGUCGUAAUUACUCCUGGGUGGUCCCUAAUGUCAACUUUGACAACGUGGGCAGUGCCUACCUCGCCCUGCUGCAAGUGGCAACAUAUAAGGGCUGGCUGGACAUUAUGAACGCAGCCGUUGACUCUGGUAAGAAAGACGAGCAGCCGUACUUUGAGGCGAAUGUCUAUGCAUACCUUUACUUUGUGGUUUUUAUCAUCUUUGGCUCAUUCUUCACCCUGAACCUCUUCAUCGGAGUUAUUAUUGAUAACUUCAACCAGCAGCAGAGAAAGAUAAGUGGCCAGGACAUUUUUAUGACAGAAGAACAGAAGAAAUACUAUAAUGCAAUGAAAAAGUUAGGAACCAAAAAACCUCAAAAACCUAUUCCAAGGCCACUGAACAAGUGCCAAGCCUUUGUGUUCGACCUGGUCACAAGCCAGGUCUUUGACAUCAUCAUUCUGGGUCUUAUUGUCCUAAAUAUGCUUAUCAUGAUGACUGAAUAUGAUGGGCAGACCAAAGACAUGAAGAAAAUCUUUGACAUCCUCAAUGUAGUCUUUGUGGUCAUCUUCACUGUAGAGUGUCUCAUCAAAAUCUUUGCUUUGAGGCAGCACUACUUCACCAAUGGCUGGAACUUAUUUGAUUGUGUGGUCGUGGUUCUUUCUGUCGUUAGUACCAUGGUUUCUGGCUUGGAGGACAGUAGCAUUCCUUUCCCACCCACGCUCUUCCGAAUUGUCCGCUUGGCUCGGAUUGGCCGAAUCCUCAGGCUGGUUCGGGCGGCACGAGGCAUCAGGACGCUCCUCUUUGCCCUGAUGAUGUCUCUCCCCUCUCUCUUCAAUAUUGGCCUGCUGCUCUUUCUGGUCAUGUUCAUUUACGCCAUCUUUGGGAUGAACUGUUUUUGCAAUGUGAAGAGGAGCUCCGGAAUCGAUGACAUCUUCAACUUUGACACGUUUUCAGGCAGCAUGCUGUGUCUCUUCCAGAUAACCACGUCGGCUGGCUGGGACUCACUCCUCAGCCCCAUGCUGGACUCAAAGGCCAGCUCCAACUCCUCCCAGGAUAGCUGUCAGCAGCCACGGAUAGCCAUAAUCUACUUCGUCAGCUACAUCAUCAUCUCCUUUCUCAUUGUGGUCAAUAUGUACAUUGCCGUGAUCCUAGAGAAUUUCAACACAGCCACAGAGGAAAGCGAGGACCCUCUGGGUGAAGAUGACUUUGAGAUCUUCUAUGAGAUCUGGGAGAAGUUUGACCCCGAAGCAACACAGUUCAUCCCGUAUGCGUCCCUCUCUGACUUUGCCGAUGCCCUGCCUGAGCCAUUGCGUGUGGCCAAGCCUAAUAAGUUUCAGUUCCUGGUGAUGGACCUGCCCAUGGUAACAGGGGAUCGCCUCCACUGCAUGGAUGUCCUCUUUGCCUUCACCACGAGGGUCCUGGGGAGCUCCAGCGGCUUGGAUACAAUGAAAACAAUGAUGGAGGAGAAGUUCAUGGAGGCCAAUCCUUAUAAGAAGUUGUACGAGCCCAUAGUCACCACCACCAGGAGAAUGGAGGAAGAGCUGGGCGCUGCCAUCAUCCAGAGGGCCUACCGAAAACACAUGGAGAAGAUGAUGAAGCUGAAGCCGACAGACAGGCUGACUUCGUCAUUUUGCAAUGGAGACCUGUCUGGCUUGGAUAUGGCCAAGGCCAAGGCUCACCGUGACUGA